AUGACAAGUAAUGGAAUAAUUAGAAUUUCACAGAUAAAAGGACGGAAAAAGUACCAAGAAAUAAAGAAAAAGAGAACAUUCAGUUUCACUUUAGAUCAGAUCGUGGCAAAACCAGCAACAAUAAUUGAUAAUGCCACAGAAAUAGGAAGUUCCAUAGAGGAAAUAAAUCGAUUUGGUAGUAACCAUCGCAUGAAACGAGCAGCCGUAGCAGACAAAAGGCUUUUAUGGCAAUUCGGUAUCGUGCCUUAUGUGAUUGACCCAUGUGCUGGAUACAGUGCUUCUGAAAGGGAUGGCAUCGUUCAGGCAAUGCAGCAUUGGGAAAAGUAUACAUGUAUCACAUUCAUUCCACGCGAUCCGGACGAACAUGACGACUACAUAGUUUUCACUUCUCGUGGUCAGCAUCAGGACAAUAAUUGUUGGUCAUACGUUGGUAGACAGGGCAGUGGUGGUCAAAGAUUAUCUAUUGGAGAUGAAUGCCAUGACCAAGGUGCAAUUAUCCAUGAAAUAGGACAUGCACUUGGAUUUCAUCAUGAACAUCAACGACCCGAUCGAGACGAUUAUGUUGACAUCUUAACUGAAAAUAUUAUCGAUGAUCCGGAUUCAAAAAACGAUUUGAUAGAUAAAUAUUCCACUAACGACGUGAAUUCACUAGGAGAACCGUAUGAUUAUGAAUCAAUUAUGCACUAUGAACAACACGCCUAUUCAAUAAGUGACAAAAUUACGAUAAAGACAAAGGACGUAUUGAAAGAUAUUGGCCAACAAAAAGGGUUAAGUUACGGUGACGUAAUGCAAACAAACAAACUGUACCAAUGUCCUCAAUGUGGUCAAACUUUUAUUGGUCGUCAGCAGGCUUCGUUUACAUCAGAAAAUUUCGAAUCAAAACCGACAUCAAAUCAAUCAUUUCAAUGUCAAUGGCAUAUUGUUGCAGCGCUCGGUGAACGAAUCCGAUUGAAUAUCACCGAUUUCGAAAUCUAUGCAUCGAUAGACUGUCAGAGUGAUUUUUUGGAUAUUCAUGAAGGAUAUUGGCAUAAAUCACCCCUACUUGGUCGUUUUUGUGGUUCAAACACAACAACUCCAUCCGUAAUUAUGUCAACAGGAAAUCGCAUGUUCAUUAAUUUCAUUUCAAAUCAUGCUGAAUUCCGUGGAUUUGCUGCCACAUACGAAACAGUUUGUGGUGGUGAUUUGACAGAUGUCAAUGGCCAGGAAAUUCAAUCACCAAAUUAUCUGCAUAACCUAUUACAACCCGCGGAAUGUAUUUGGCGUAUUAACGUUCCACUUAAUCGUCGAAUACGCAUUAUGUUUAGUUAUGAUGGUUUAGAUCUGCGCGGCACACAUGAAAGUUGCAAGAAUUCAUAUCAUUGCAUUCAAAUUCAUGAUGGCACAAACGGUACAUUUCCAUUGAUUGAAGUAGAUAAUGAACAUUGGCCAAAAACUUUCAUUUCAACGACGAAUCAAAUGUACAUUCGUUUCAUAUCAUUCGUUGGUUUGGAUAAACACAGUGGAUUCUCAGCAACGCUAUUCCAACACAUCGAUGAAUGUGUAACGGUAGAUCAUGGCUGUCAGCAAAACUGCAUCCAAUCGAUGGUUGGAGCUACUUGUGCAUGUUAUUUGGGAUAUAAAUUACAACCGGAUAAGAAAACAUGUAAAUUAGAAUGUGAAGAACGUUACUACUUAGUGUUGGGUUUCUAA